UCACGUUCGACCUUGUUUUUCCUUGUUUGGUUUGACUGCGCAUGCGCGGUUCCAAACGCUUAGACGCUGCUGACGCGACCUGGUGUUUUGUUUUCUAAACUGAUAAUUGGGAGUGAUAAAUCAGGGAUAGGUUUAUAACGUAUUGUUAACUUUAGUAUCCUGGAAGCCGAUAGAAGAACGAACGAGAGGUGACCGAUUCGAUUCAGGACAGGGAUUGCAGACCUCUCCCGUAUGUGAUUCACACUCCUCCGUCGACGGACGCUGCUAGCGACGCCCGGAGAACAAAACAGCACAACGCCAUUAUAUGAUCAAGUGUCCAGAGUCACUUUUACCCUCCAUGUGGGUGAGGGAACUUUGUGUGUCCGACUAUGGCGAGGAAAACAGUUAGCAGGAAAAGGAAGGCUGGAGAGACCAAAGAGCAACAACAGCUUGGCUGGUGUCAGGUGCCACACAAGAGGAGCCUUGUUUCUUGUUCAUCACGUCAUGCCCAGCCAUGGUCUUGCAGUCAGCCGUCUGUGGUUUGUGCACUGCGUGGGCGAGAGGUCAGGCCUCAGCAGGAGCAUGAGUUGCGGCUUCAGCGAAGCCUGCGGGGCUUUGCAGCAGCUCGGCUCCCUGGCAUCCUCAAGGAAAGGGAGUUCUCUCUGGGGAGCCUCAACAAGGUGUUUGCAUCACAGUGGCUUAAUCACCGACAGGUUGUGUGUGGGACCAAGUGCAACACGCUUUUUGUAGCAGAUGUCCUGACUGGGAAGAUAACACGCAUUCCCAUGCUGAGGGAUAGGGAAUGGGACUACAUCACCUCCCACACAGUGGUGGGCCAACGUUACUUCCCCACUGUAGGUUCUCGAUCACGGAUGGACCAGCAGGGCUGUGGAAUCCAUGCUAUUGAAGUAAACCCCUCCAGGACGCUCCUUGCCACAGGUGGAGACAACCCUAACAGCCUGGCCAUUUACCAGCUGCCCACAUUGGAUCCAGUCUGUGUUGGGGAUGACGGCCACAACGACUGGAUCUUUUCCAUAGCAUGGAUCAGUGACAACAUGGCAGUUUCUGGGUCCAGAGAUGGAUCUAUGGGCUUGUGGGAGGUGACAGAAGACAUAUUGCGUCAGUUUGAAAGGAGUCAGGCCGAGCAGACAGUGCCCUCCUACGCUCACCUUUCCCAUCGUGCCCUUAAGGAUAUUCCAAAGGAGUGCACAAAUCCGUACAACUGUAAAGUUCGAGCUUUAGCCUUCAACAACAACAAUAAAGAACUGGGUGCUGUGUCAUUAGAUGGCUAUUUCCAUCUUUGGACAGCUGAACACAACCUGUGUAAGAUACUGUCCACCAAACUGCCUCAUUGCAAAGAAAAUGUGUGCUUGGCGUACGGUCGAGACUGGUCAGUGUACGCUGUGGGUUCUCAGGCGCAUGUUUCCUUCCUAGAUCCACGGCAGCCAACACACAACAUCAAGUGUGUAAAUUCCAGAGAGAGAGGAAGUGGAAUCCGUUCAGUGAGUUUCUAUGAGCACAUUGUGACAGUGGGAACCGGCCAGGGUUCACUUCUCUUUUAUGACAUACGAGCUCAAAGGUUUCUGGAAAACUCUUUGAGUCCUGCAGGUGGUUACCGAAAAUGCCCAGGAGACAGCCUUCUGAAGCUCUCUACUGGAAAAGGAUGGCUGAAUCAUGAUGAAACGUGGAGGAGUUACUUCUCAGACAUUCAUUCCUUCCCAAAUGCGGUGUACACUCACUGUUACGAUGACUCUGGCACCAAGCUGUUUGUAGCCGGUGGACCUCUGUGUUCUGGGCUGCAUGGCAACUACGCAGGGCUGUGGAGUUAGCCUUGGUGUCCCCUCCACUGCCACAAUGCCCCAAACACAUUCUUAACCCACUAGUCCAUUUAUUCCUAUAUUAGUCUCCUGUAACUUCGCUGUUUCAACAUGGACUCAGGAUCACGAGUACUGUUCUUGUGUUUGUUUCCUACAUCGUUGUAUCAAUUUCUCUGUAGUUUUUUCUUUAUAUUCUUUUUGUUCCAUAUUUAACUGAACAAUUAGGUAUUAAUUUUUAAGAGCUGCAGCCUUUGCCAAUGACAAACAUAGAAUAGUAAUGGAAAACAUCAUACCUGUUGUCCUCAUUCGAAGUAUUAAUGUUAUUCACAGGGAUAAGGCCAUGGUCUUCUGCUGCCUUAUUUUCUUUUAUUUCACUACACAAUAAUAGUAUUUAUUGCUGCUUUGUCUGUGAUAUGGGUGUCUUUGUGUAUAUUUGUCCCUCUUCAGAAAAAAAAUUAUUUGAAAUUUCUUUAACAAAAAUGAAAGGCAAUAAAACUGAGCAGAGAGACUUAAGAGGCGACCAAAUAGGAAUAUCUGAAGUACUGAUUGUGUUGGGGGAGCCGCUCCUGUACCAACAAUCAUCAAAGAACUCCUUUCUUUGUAUCCUGUCUGGAAGUCCACAGUGGAGGCUAAUCAACAUUGGACUGUUUAUCAUUUUCCCAGAGAUGAUAUGACAUCAGAUGUGUUGAGAUUGCUGAAUACUAUUAUAAGCGAAUCUCUACGAGUGCUCACCAAUUUUCAUGAUUUAACUUUGAACUUCGUUGACUAAUUCAGGGUUAUUUAUAUACUAGGGAUGUCAAUACCAAUAGUGACUAUUGAGUGUGUACUAAUGCUGAUACCAGUCUCAUACAGUAUUUUGCUACUGUGAAAAUAAGACCCUUAACGUGAUGCUCCUGUUGUCUCAGCUAAUUGAUCCUUUUUUAUUACAUGUUUCUUUUGAAUUGCCCAACGUGGUGAAUUUGAACACCCCUCAGAUAUUGGCCUUGUGAUUAGCUCUGGGUUUGUUUUACAUUCCUAGCCCUAGAUGGAAGAAAUAGAUAAAACUGCCUGAUUGUAAACUUUGGCUCCAGGUUUAGGCCCAGGAAAAGGACCAAAUGUAUCGGCUGAUUCAAAUCACUUGUCUUGACAUUUUACUUUAGAGUUUAUGUUCUCAACCACCAGUUUUAGGUCUUCAUUUUGGAACUGAUAGUAACCCUUAGUGAAAAGUUAACAAAGAAGUGGAACACUACCAUCACGAGACUGGUUUCACGCCAGGUUUUCAAGACAUCACCUACAGAUUCAGGUUCAAUGCAGGUCACAACUUCUAUUAUGAUUUAUUGUCUGUAACCUUUUAAAUAGAGUUUUAUUUACAAGAUUUCCAUCAUAUUGUAAAAGAAAAAGUGAAACAGGUUUCGAGACAAAGUGCGACUAAUAUUGUAGAAUUCGUCUCAUUUUCCUGUGGACUUCCUUUAAUGUGGAGUUAUUGCCCAGGUCGUGGAGCGCUUCAGUAUUUUCUGUGGCUUUGUUAAUGAUUGCUUUUCAAAGAUUUGAGCUCUGAAACCAUUAAUGUUUUCUUAAAGGUCUACGACAAUUUACAGUUUUGAUGGUGUCAUCAGUUUGCAACAACAAAAUGAGCAGUACAGUCACUAGCAUUUCUUAGCAAGCAAGCAAGCCAGACUGGUGUAAAAGGUCUCUUCUAGAGUUGCAGGCUUCAGUCACAUCACACCUGUUGUCACACUUGUUGUCGUGUGUUUUUCGUAUAAAGGAGUCGGUAAUACAGCUCUUUUUCCUUGUUUGGUGGAUGCAGGGUAGAAAUAAGUCUUUCUGUCUAGGACUGCUAACUGACAGUGAUAGUUUUCAUGAUAAUGAAAAAAUGAAGAAAAAAAAAUAUGCCACCAAAAUCUGAACACUUAAAAAGUGUAUUUUAUAUAUAAGCCUGUAUAUGUAUGUGUAAAAUACAUGUGGACAGUCGCUCACAUUUUAUGUACAUAUCUGAGGGCAUGUGUGGAUUGAUGUGUCUUUGUUGAUGCCCUGUUUUUUUUAUACAUUCCUCAAGAAUGUUUUUACAAACGACUGAAUCUGAGGAUAUUGUAAGAAACAUCUAGAAAAAAAUUAUAAAAUCUUUAAAGAGUAAAUAAUAAAAUAAAUGUUUAUUGAUGUAAAA